AUGUACUCAGAUGAGUGGCCUGCUAUCAAUGCGGAGAAUCCAGUGGUCUAUAGGGUGAGGGGUUCUGUCGCUGGUCUGGGUGCCAGCACUCCUUUCGAAGAACCAAGCAAGCUGGUCCGACAUCUCAAACGAACACAUAACCUGACCUUGCCUGACAAGAAACCCGGUCUUCUGAAUGCACGGGAACAACGGCUUCAUGAUAACGGACUUGAAUGGCUUGCCCGCUGUGCGUUCUUUGGGAGGGACAAGGUUGAUGACGAGGCGCCUGUCCCUAAUCGACACUAG